UGGAGUAACUAGUUAGAUAGAGAUUCUGGUUUAAAUUUCCUUCUAUCUUCUCUGUUAUAUAUACUGUUUCAAGUACUUCGCUUUGGAAAUCAUAUUCUUACUUGGUGCAAUUUCCUUCUCGUAUCUCCUCCCUCAUUCUGAGGAGAUUCAAAUUUGUUCCUUACUUCAUUUCCCUAUUGUAAAAUAGUCAUAUUGGUGAUAAUAUGGGAAGGGCCAUUUUCCUGCACUUUUUAUUUGGAACUUUGGUCUGCUUGAUUGCUUCCGUCGUGAGAGCUGAAGACCCAUACGUAUAUAAAACUUGGGUUGUUACCUAUGGACAAAUUGCUCCUCUUGGGGUCAAGCAAAGGGGAAUCCUCAUUAAUGGGCAGUUUCCUGGCCCUACCCUUAACGUUGUAACUAAUGACAACGUUCUGAUUACAGUCAUUAACAAGCUGGAUGAUCCUUUGCUCAUAACAUGGAAUGGUGUGAAACAAAGGAAGAGCUCGUGGCAAGAUGGAGUUGUUGGUACAAAUUGUCCAAUCCCACCAAACAGCCAAUGGACCUACAAAAUGCAAAUGAAAGAUCAAAUCGGAACCUUUACAUAUUUCCCUUCCACGUUAAUGCACAGAGCUGCUGGAGGUUUUGGAGGAUUGAACAUAUUAGCUAGGUCUGUUAUUCCAAUCCCAUAUCCCAAACCUUUUGACCAAUUCACUCUGCUUGUUAGUGACUGGUGGAAGACGGAUAACAAGGUAUUGAAGCAAAGGCUAGACCAGGGAAAUUCUUUUCCUUUUCCAGAUGCUCUACUCAUUAAUGGACGCCCUAAUUCUUUUGAAUUCACCGGCAUGAAAGGGUAUACAUACUUAUUUAGGGUGUCGAAUGUGGGAUUAACAACAUCGAUUAAUAUUAGAAUCCAAGGUCACACGUUAAGGUUGGUGGAAGUGGAAGGAGCUCAUACCAUGCAAGAAGUGUAUGAAUCAUUGGACAUUCAUGUUGGCCAAUCCAUGGCUUUUCUGGUGACUUUACAUGCCAAUCCCAAAGACUAUUAUAUUGUGGCAUCCACUCGUUUCACUAAACCAAUUUUAACAGCAACUGCCAUCCUUCACUAUCAAGGUUCUAAUACCCCUGCCUCCAAACCUUUGCCCAUUGGUCCUACUUACCAUGUUCACUGGUCAAUGAAGCAAGCCAGAACCAUUAGAUGGAACUUGACAGCAAAUGCUGCAAGGCCGAACCCACAAGGAGCAUUCCAUUACGGGACAGUGCAAGUGACGAGGACACUGGUGCUGGCAAAUUCUGCUGGAAAAAUCAAUGGAAAGAGGCGUUAUGCUAUAAACAAGGUCUCUUACAUCAACCCAGACACUCCAUUGAAGAUUGCUGAUUUUUACAACAUUCCUGGAGUUUUUCAGCUGAACAAAAUUAAAGACAAUCCUCCACUUGGCCCAAUUGUUCUUGGCACUUCUGUCUUUAACUUCUCUCUUCAUGACUUCACUGAAAUCGUCUUCCAGAAUAAUGAGAAAACCAUUCAGUCUUAUCACCUUGAUGGCUAUGAUUUCUGGGCUGUCGGGUAUGGGCCAGGGCAGUGGAACCCAACAAUGAGAAGAAAGUACAAUCUAGUAGAUGCCACAAGCAGAUGCACAAUUCAGGUGUUUCCAAAAUCAUGGAGUACAAUAUUGGUGUCAUUGGACAAUAAAGGAAUGUGGAAUUUGAGGUCAGCGAUAUGGCCAAGGAGAUACUUAGGACAGGAAACAUAUUUCAGAGUGUGGAAUACCGAACAUAGCCUUUACACUGAAUAUGAUAUUCCACCAAAUGCCAUUCUCUGUGGCAAGGCCAAACACUAGCACUAAGAUAUUUUUAUACUCAACUGUUGUAAUCUCUUCUUUUCCUCUUUUUUUUUUUUUUUUUUUUGCUCUUUUAAUU